AUGUCUGCACUGGAAACUUCUUACGUGACAAUUGAUGUUUUCACCAACAAGAGGUUUAAGGGCAACCAGCUCGCCGUUGUCGACGAUACCAACACAGACCUCACAUCACAGCAGAUGCAAGAGAUUGCGCGCGAAUUUAACUUCUCUGAAACCAUUUUCAUAUGCCAGCCACAGACAGAUGGGAUGCCCCAGAUCCGGAUCUUUACCCCUGUCAACGAGAUGGAGUUUGCUGGGCACCCCGUCAUUGGAGGCGGCCAUGUUCUUUUUCGUCAGUUUCUUACUGGGGCCUCCGCGGACCCAAUAACUCAAAGUACCAUGAAUGUCAAGACAAACGCGGGAACUGUAUGUCUCAAGUAUGAUUCGGAGCGACAAACAGUUACUGCCCAGGUUCCACACAACGUACAUCUUCACGAAACGCCAGCGCCUAAGGAAAACAUCGCUCGUACCCAGCCUAGUUUGACUUGGAAUGAUAUUCAAGACUCACACCCAACUAUAUCUAUCGUUCAGGGGGUCACAUAUGUUCUCGUCAAUCUUACAAACCAACCCGACAAUUUCACCGCCAUACAACCUGGCCCCUCUCCUGUUGUGCCUUUGGAUGAUCAGUGGGCGCCUUCAUUCGUCGGUGUCAUGUAUUAUCGCAUUCUAAACGAACAAAAUGAGGACGGCCGGAAGGUGUUUGAUCUUCGUGUGCGCAUGAUAGCUAUCAAUCUCGAAGAUCCUGCUUGCGGAAGCGGUGGCUGUUCCCUAGCCGCGUAUCUCGCACUACAAGACGGAAGUGCAAGUGGGAAAUAUCGAUUUUUCCUAGAUCAAGGUUCCGAAAUUGGAAGAGACAGCAAUAUCAUUGUAGAUAUUUUGUUGAACGAUUGUGGAGAUGGGAUACUGUCGGUACUGUUGUCUGGGCAAGCAGCACCUGUCACUCGGGGUCGACUUUUACUACCAACUAACUAG